CGCGAAGUGAGAACAGCGAAAAAUCCACCGAAAGAUUGGAGCUUUCCGGAGGAGGGGGGCGAGUACGUGACAUGGACAGGCGGCGUUGGUUGCAGGAGGCAGCCUUUCAAGAGCAGUAUGGCGAGACAGAGCAUCGAAACCGGUCGGAGGGUGUGCAGGGCUUACAACCUGCCCCUCCACCAGAACACCUGUCCAUGUUAAACCAGGAUGCGGACAGGUACGGAGUUCCCCCUUCGUUUCCUUUCCAAGUCGCCUCGCUGCCGCAGUGGCGAAAUGAUCCACCAGGCCUGCGUGAAAUGCGGUGCGCGAGCCAGCUACCUUUCCAGCAGUCGGCGAUGGUCGCUGCUUACGACGGACAGCAGAUGCUGGGGUCCCCUCAACCCCACGCAACGUCCUCUCCUUUCAGCGGUUUCGCAGCUAGAUCGGUGCCUCCUCCGGGAUUCACUGCAACGUUGCUUAGGGAAGACGACGACGUGGAGUGCGGCGUCGACGGGAGAGGGGCGGGGCUUGGGGUGACCAGUGAUCGCCGAGCAGAUCAUGAGCGGGAGCAUGACAACGCUGCAAAGGGGAGAUGUGGUGACGCAAGUCACGAAUUUGGACGCUAUGAACAAUGCGGCGGGGGACAUGUGCCGACUGUUGACACUUCCAAUCCUUCUCGACCAGCGGCGGAGAGGAGUGGCCAUGCAACGCCCACGCAGGGGCAGCGGGCAGAUGCUGGCGAUGUGACUGCCGCGGCGGUGCUCCAACAACCAUCUCCAUUUGCCCCCGCCACGGUAGCCGGGGCAGGCACAGGGACGACUGGCCGCAGACGUGGCCAUCCUCCAGCCGCAACGUCCACGUCAGCACAGGCCGGAGGCUGCGCGGAUGGAAGCACUGUCAUGCAGAGCACGGAUGCAGGAGGCGUUCGUGGCAGGGCAGGUGCGCAAGCUCCUCCCGCGCAAAAAAAAGUUAAAUGGUCGCUAGAAGAGUGCUUGGCUCUUGCUAGGAUCCAGCGCGAAGACGACGCUCUUAUGGCGGACGCGUCGAGUGUGCACAAGCUGAAGAAACAUGGGGAAAAACGGGAGUGGAUCGCCCGUCGGAUGAGGGAUGAAGGAUGGAAUCGAUCUGCGGAAGACUGCCGGAAGAAGUGGUUCACGUUGGGGCAGAAGUUGAAGGUGCUCGCAGACAAGGUGGGUCGGUCUGGGAAGCCAGGAUACUUCGACAUGACAGUAGAAGAGAGGGGGGCGGAGGGGUUGUAUGCCAACUUCGAUCGGAGGUUGGGGGCGGAGAUGGACUGGAUUCUGCAAAAGCCGUCGGGGACCUGUGACAACACGCUGAACUCGGACUCUCUCAAUGCGAAGGACGGGGACAAUUCGGCGAGAGGAUCAAGUGACAGAGGAGGUUCGGACCGGGAGCGGUCUGAUGUCAACGUCAGCGCCGGUAAGACGAGACGCACGUCGAGUGGGAGGGUCAACGAUGGGGAUGGGCCUUCGUCCAUGUCAGGGAUGAGUGUGGCACUUGCAGAAUCAACGCGGGUGUACGUCGACGGGCUGGACAGGGUGGCAGCGACGAUAGCAGAAGCACAGACAGCAGGGGCAACAAUGGUGGCAGGGAGGCUUGGUGACAUGGCCACGAAGAUCGGGGCAGUGGCCACUGCCAUGACAGAAGGCAACGUUGUCCUUCAGCUGCUAGUGGGUGUGAUGGCGAGCCAGGGCCCAAGGGGAUCCAAUAGCCCUCGUGAGGCUCGGGGGGGUCGUGACAACGACCCGUCUUCCCUGUGACGGCUUUGGAGGACAGCCUGCCUUCAAUGCACAUCUUGAAAGGCGGUAUGAGUCCGUGCAAGAGUGGGGGGCAUGAGCGGAAAUAUUGAAGAGGGGAAAAAAAAGACAAAAAAACGAAGGAGCUAUGAACGGUUACACCCGUUCGAAAGCAAAGAAGUAAAAAAAAAAAAAAAAAAAAACAAUGACAAAACGAAGAAAGUACCCGUUUUUCUUCGAAAGGAGACACACGGGCAGACCAGGAAAGCGGUGUCAAUUGGGAUAAAGCGUGGUCAUGCCU